UUUCGGAUUUUGACAUCUCAAACCAGCAAACCUGCUUCAGUUCUAUUUCACAUGUGCUUUAUCACUAAAAAUCUGAAACUUCUAAAAAUCACGGCGAAUAAAAUGGGAAUUGCAGAUACGUAGUAAAAAUGCCGAAUAAUAAAAACGGUUCUGAAAAUGAUGAACCCCAAAUAUAGACAAGCUGACCAUGGUGAGUUCGAGUUGACUCCUAGAAAAAUUCCCUCGCAGAAUGUUGUAAUUCGACUGAUUCGUCGAGAGACUCAUGUCAAACCCGGAAACUAUCACAUUUGCCGAUCAUUUUAUCAAAGUGUUGUCCCAAAUUUUACAAUUGUCAACAUAGAAAAGCCACCAUGCUAUUUGAGAAAAUUUACACCCAACGGCAAGUACUUUAUUGCAUUCUCUUCAGAUCAAACUUCAGUGGAAGUUUACAAAUAUCUGGGACCAAGUGCAGUAGAAGAUUUACUAACAGAUGUUCCAGGAACGAGAGAGUUUGUUGGAAAUGAUACCAAUGAAGCUGUAAAUUUAAGAAGUAAAGUAUUUUCUAAAUUCUUCCAGUUAAAGCAUACUAUUGCUGUAACUCCUGUUGGUGAACAACUAAAUCGCGAAUGCAGUCUCUUUGUCGGUGACGGAAGAUUUGUUAUUGUCGGUUCAGCCUCGUACGUUCCCGAAGAGCCCCAGCCAAAUUUUUUUGAUAUUUUCCGUAAUAAUGAAUCCGUAUCUCCUCAUCCUCGUUCUCCACUAGAAGAUUGCUCACUUCACAUCGUUGACAUCGUCAAUGGAAGGCUCUGUGAUACUAGAACAAUGAAGACCGACAAAAUCUUUCUCUCACACAACCAAGGACUUUACUUGUAUGAAGACACUCUAGCAGUUCUCUCUGUCCAGCAUCAAACGAUACACAUUUUUAAAAUUUCACACGAUGGCUAUUUUGCUGAUGUAAAAACUAUAGGUCGAUUUUGUUUCGACGAUGACGAAUGGUUAAUCAAUCAAGUGCGGGGACUUUGGCCUUCGGGUCAGUUGGUUCGUCCGUUUCGAGAGGCAACUGUCAACGCGCUCAAGCAUCGUUUACUAGUGUUUCUCUACCGACGAGCAAUCAACAUGGCUGAAGCCGAAGGGAAUCUCUUUCACGUACGAAAGUUCUAUCAGAACUUUGAUCACAUUCGCGCACUCCGAAUCUGGAAAAUGCAGUUGUUGGAUGAGUCACAUUUGCUUCUGAAAUAUGCUAGCGAAGAUGUGGUUACACUACGAGCUCCAGACCCAAAUACGCAACCGGCCUUCUUUGUCGUUUACAAUAUGGAAAACGCACAGGUUAUUAACGUCUAUGAAAACACAAGUCAGGAACUACUGAACUUGUUCGAGAACUUUUGCGAUUUACUACGCAACGCAACACAAGGAUCACCGUCCAGCAACGUAUUUGCAAACGUCAUUCAUCAACGGUUCAAGCAGACCAUUGUCAGCGCUCGCUUUGGUGGGCAGACGGAAGCCACAAAACGACUUCUUUCACAACUUCCCAUUUCAGCACAGUCCUAUUCCUCUUCGCCUUACCUUGAUUUGCAGCUGUUUUCCUAUGACGAUAAAUGGGUUUCGCUCAUGGAGCGUCCAAAGACUAGUGGAGAGCACCCCAUUCGUUUCUACGUCCGUGAAUCUGGACUGCUGCGGUUUCGCAUUUAUGCUGGUAUUCUUGGCCGGCCAGCUCCGCCUUCUUCUGCCCGUCGCCUUGUUGCUUUCACGUUUCAUCCAACAGAUCCAUUUGCCAUAAGUGUUCAAAGAACCAAUUCCGAAUAUGUAGUCAAUUUUCACGUUCGUCACAUUUAAAUUCAUGAUUUAAAAAUACAAAUCAUUUGUGCUGUA